GCGUCAUGAGGUCGCCGAAACGUUGGGAGAUUAUAUCGUUUGUUUUUACUUGUCUAUGUAUUACUAAAUCAUUGUUAAUACAAUCAACAAGAACUUAAAUUAAUGUAGAUCAUAAUGAAAUGGAAAUGUACCUGGGUAUGUAAGUAAUGAUGUUCAUUAUAAAAUUGCUGCAGAUUAGAAUAUAUUGGAGGAGGACAACUAGAAUCCCUUCAGUAACAGAUAUCAUGUCGAUAAACCGCUUUGAAAAUAAUUAAACAAUUUUUUCACUGCAAUGACCGUAGCAAAAAUCUGCCAAACAUGGACAAGGACUUUGACAAACUAUUCAAGGUAAGGCCUGUUCUUGAUUCUCUGCAUGAAAAAUGUCGGAAGUAAUACCUCGAGGAAAAUCACUGUGUAGAUGAGCAGAUCAUCCCUACAAAAAUUUGUACUAGUCUGAAACAGUACCUGCCAAACAAGCCAAAUAAGUGGGUAUAAAGGUUUGGGCCUGAUGUGGUGUAAGUGGCAUCCUCUAUGAUUUUGAGAUGUACACUGGAAAAACAAACAAGGCUCAAGGAAAGCCAGAAUUACUUCUGGGAGGCAAUGUUGUCUGUUGUUUUACAUGAUCACUCCCAAAAAAGGUCAACCACAAGGUUUUCUUUGAUUUUUUCUCUUCAGUACCCCUAAUGAACCAUUUGAAGAAAGUGGGCUUUAGGCAGUUGCAACAGUCCGUAAACAAUCUGUAAGGAUUGUUUGAAAGGAGCAGACAGACAUUUGCUGGCAGAAAAAGAGCUAAAUAUGAAAGGUUGCAGGUCCUUUGAUUACGUAGUGGAGGCCAACUCAGGGGUCACUGUUCUGCGCUGUUGUGACAAUGGUCUAGUUCAACUUCUUUCCAACUAUAUCGGGAAUGACCUGGCUUUACAAGCAUGACAUUGGUCCAAGAAAGAGGGCGAUUGAUCAAUGGUUGUUGAGUACAACAACAUGGGUGGUGUCGACUUAUGUGAUAUGCUGGUGUCAAUGUAUUGCAUCUGUCACCGCCCAACCAAGUAUCAUAUGCACAUGGUAUUUUACUGCAUUCAUGUAGCUGUUGUAAAUGGUUGGCUUUUGUAUCGGGAACACAUGACCCAGAAAAAAGUUCCAGCCAAGAAUCAUAUGCCCUUGUUAUCGUUUCAGUCAGAAAUUGCUGUAAGCCUUUGAAAGGCUGGUAAUAUAUAGAUUUAGCCAAGCCUAAACGCGGGGCUCCUCAUUACAAUAAGUUAAUCAUAAAUGAGGAAAUUAACAAAUCAUAUGUGGUUUAGCAUGGUCUGUACUCUAAUCGACAAUGAUAUGCCUCCACAACAAAUUUUGAUCCCUGUGAUGACGCAUAUUGUCAAUGAGAGUACAGUGCACACUAAACCACAUUUCUUUUUGUUUUUUACCACAAUAUCAACAUCAAAGGAAAUGUUUUUUUCAGACCGCGAGCUGAAAAAGGCGUUGCAUGACACAUUGACAUGAGCAGCGUUGUCUGGACUCUUAUCGACAAGAGCAAAUUAGCCAAUCAGAUUGCAAGAUUUGUAGCCAUUGUGGUAAAAAGAAUUUUUCAGUUUAAAUCUUAACAAAACAGGGACCAUCAAAUAAGGCACACUCAAUUUUUUCAACAUUGUAGAAAUUAUGUAUUUUUUUUUAUGUUUUGUGGAUGAGAAGACUAUAAAAAGUACAAAUGACAAGCCAGGGGAUAAUUCGCCCCCUGCCCCCACCCCUGUAAAUAGUUCCUAAUGAACUAUUGAUGGGGAAUCAACGAGUCAGUUACAGUUACAUUAAACAAUUAUUGUUUUGCAAAGGCAAAGAACAAGUUUUUCGACUUCUCUCACUUUAUACCAGGUAAAGAAUUACACAGAUGCCUGGAGUCCAUGUAAAUGAUGCCUUCUGACAGCUGUAUUGAUGUUAUAAAUCAGUCAAUAGUUGUUUAUUAUGUGAACACACACAAGUUCCGGCGGACCAAUAAAAACACUUACACCUCAUUUAUCCAAUGAAAACAAUGCAUUUUCGAUCUGCACGACCUUUAGUAUAACAUAUAAAACAGGCUCUGUUAUCAAAGUUAAGUAGUCACAUUUGUUAGCAGGUAGCCACCAUAGUUUCCAGUCUCAACAGUUGCGGAAUGUCUCUGAGACAGUUGUGCAAGCGAACAAGUAAACAUGUUUCAAAAGCACUGUUUCUUUUCCCUGAAGAAUGCAAAACAGGUAUCACGUCAACUUGUUUCAUCGUCGAGAAAGACCUCGAUUUAGUGGAGGGACAGUCUGUCCAGGUUAACUGGGAGGGAAAGAAAGUGCAAGCAGAGAUCCUUGCUGUAAGCGAUGACGAGAAAGUGUUAGCUGAGAAAGACCUGGAAUGGUACAAGAAGAAUUUUCCAGCAGCGACAGAACAAAUCCGAGAAACCACAGAGCCACCAAGAAAAAAAGGUGCCCGAAAUAAGACUGCUGAAGUGCAAUGUCCCGAGACCGAAGCAAACCCGAGUGACCACCCGUACGAGCAGUUCUUGGUCGGCCAGAAGCAGCGGCAGCACGAGUGGCAAAAAGUCCGAGAAUCCAAGAGGGCCAAGGUAGCAGAAAGCGCAGCGUCUGUGACGGUGACAAGUUCCUCCCUACAAGACGAUGUUGUCACUAUACUCCGCCAGCAGCUCGCUGCCAAGACAGAGGAGUGUCGUCAGUUAAUGAAUAUGGUAGAUGCCAUGGAAGAAGCGAACAAUAAAAUUCUCUCCUGCCAGAUGCAAAUGCAAGAAAACGUUGUUAAGGUAAUGCAUUAACCUGUGGUCAGGUCCGCUCUCUCUCGAA